UCAAGACACCCAUAAAGCUCGAUCAGCUCCGAUCGCUGAUGAUGCCAAAAAGACUGACAAUUUAGCUUUUCAACGACCACCCACUUAGUUUUUUACUCUCAGAUCUCUCUUUUUCUUUCUCUCCCAUCUAUGGCUGCUGUUUCUGCUUAUGGGUAGCCUCCAGAUUCUCUCAAGUUGAGCUCUUUUUGCUCCAAACUUACUUCUUUAUCAUGUAAUUUCUCUAUAGAAUGAAUCAUGCUGACGAAGAAUCGAUUUCCAGUUCAAUUGAACUGAACUCGAAUAAAUCUGAUAGGCCUCUCCUCAAGAAAUCAAGGACUAUUGCUACUGAUGAUGAUAAUCGUACAACCCACUUUCCCGGUCCGCUAUUUCCGGCUGUUCGUCGCGUCUCUACUUCGCCGCCGUCUACUGAACUCUCUCUACAUACAUCCUCUAGUUAUGUCCCCGCUGAUCCAGCGCCGGCGCCAGUGGAGACUGGUGGCACCGGAUUCUCGGAUCGUGAUUGGAUGUACCCUUCGUUUCUCGGUGGACCGUACGCUGCUAGGAAACGAGUCACGGUUAGGACUUCCAGGUCUCAGAAUCAUGAAAGUCCUUCUCCCACACCGGUUCGGAGUGAUGUAACGACGACGAGUUAUGAUAGUGGAUGUGAGUUGAAGUCGAAUUCCUUGCAGGGAAUUGUUGGUGAUCAGGAUUUGAUUUCAUCAGAGGUAAAGCCGAAAUCGAAGCAGAAGCUAAAGCAGUCACCUGCCCUAGUUUCUAUUCCAUCCACAGGUUUCUCCUCUCUUACAAUGUCUGCUCCAUCAAAUAGGAACACGGGCGCAAGUUAUACUUCUAGGAUCUCAUACUUGGUCAAGUUUAGUUAUAUUCUACUCUUAGCUUAUGCAAAUUUCCUCCGUAUGGAAGUAGCAAGACUCAAGGAAGAGAAUACGAGCUUACAUGGAUGGUGUAACAAUAACACUGGAGAAUCUGACAACCAUUUGCCUUCCCCUUUUGGUGACUCUCACAGUAGAUCUUUUGCCCUGUAUGCGGUUAUGCUCACUUUAAUAACGCCUUUCAUAUUAUCUGUAUGCCUCAAUUAUGUCCCACGAAUAAAGGACCUACCAAAGAGGGAAACCCACAAAAAUGAGGAGGCUCCCAUGAAGAAGAGAAUUGCUUAUAUACUGGAUGUGUGUUUCUCUAGAUAUCCAUAUGCAAAGCUGCUAGCACUUCUUUCUGCAACCAUAUUUCUAAUAGUGUUUGGUGGUAUGGCAUUGUAUGCUGUAUCCGAUAGUGGCUUUACUGAAGCACUUUGGUUAUCCUGGACUUUUGUUGCGGACUCUGGAAAUCAUGCCGAUACUGUUGGUGUUGGAACAAGGAUUGUCUCCGUGUCUGUAACUGCUGGAGGAAUGCUGAUAUUCGCCACUAUGCUCGGGCUUGUUUCAGAUGCCAUAUCUGAGAAAGUCGAUUCUUUGAGGAAAGGAAAGAGUGAGGUGAUAGAAUGUAAUCACAUUCUAAUUCUUGGAUGGAGUGACAAAUUGGGUUCACUCUUGAAGCAACUUUCUAUAGCAAACAAGAGCAUUGGUGGUGGUGUUGUAGUUGUACUUGCAGAACGAGAUAAAGAAGAAAUGGAGAUUGACAUAGCAAAACUUGAAUUUGACUUCAUGGGGACAUCUGUUAUAUGUAGAAGUGGCAGCCCUCUUAUACUUGCUGACUUGAAGAAGGUUUCCGUUUCAAAGGCUCGUGCUAUCAUUGUAUUGGCAAGUGAUGAAAAUGCAGAUCAGAGUGAUGCACGUGCUUUACGGGUUGUGCUUAGCCUCACGGGGGUAAAAGAGGGAUUGAAGGGUCAUGUUGUUGUAGAAAUGAGUGAUCUCGACAAUGAGCCAUUGGUAAAACUUGUUGGUGGUGAACUAAUUGAAACAGUUGUUGCACAUGAUGUGAUUGGGCGCUUGAUGAUACAGUGUGCUCUCCAGCCUGGCCUUGCACAGAUAUGGGAGGAUAUUUUGGGCUUUGAAAAUGCAGAGUUCUACAUCAAAAGGUGGCCUCAGCUGGAUGGCCUGCAUUUUGAGGAUGUAUUGGUUUCUUUCCCUGAUGCAGUGCCCUGUGGAGUAAAGAUUGCUGAAGAUGGUGGAAAGAUUGUUAUAAAUCCAGAUGACAAAUAUGUCCUAAAGGAAGGUGACGAAGUUCUUGUCAUAGCCGAGGAUGAUGACACAUAUGCACCUGUUCCCUUGCCAGAGGUUCGCAGGAACCCUUUUCCCAGGGUAUCUGAACCUAGAAAGUAUCCAGAAAAGAUUCUUUUCUGUGGUUGGCGACGUGAUAUUGACGAUAUGAUAAUGGUACUGGAGGCAUUGUUGGCUCCUGGCUCGGAGCUUUGGAUGUUUAAUGACGUGCCAGAAGAAGAGCGAGAGAGAAAGUUAACAGAUGGUGGCCUAAAUAUUUUCGAGUUAGUGAACAUUAAGCUUGUUCAUCACAAGGGCAAUGCUGUCAUUAGACGACACUUGGAGAAUCUUCCCCUCGAAUCAUUCGACUCUAUAUUAAUUCUCGCAGAUGAGGCUGUAGAAGACUCGGUUGUGCAUUCUGAUUCACGUUCUUUAGCCACACUUCUACUCAUCCGUGAUAUUCAGUCAAAGCGUCUGCCUUAUAAAGAUACAAACUCGGUCCCUGUGCGACACUGUGGCUUCUCUCAUAGCACGUGGAUUCGAGAAAUGCAGCGUGCUUCAAAUAAAUCAAUAAUUAUAAGCGAAAUACUGGAUUCUAGAACUAGAAACCUGGUUUCAGUUUCCAGAAUUGGUGACUAUGUACUCUCCAAUGAGCUUGUUAGUAUGGCGUUAGCAAUGGUGGCCGAAGACAAACAAAUAAAUCGUGUCCUCGAGGAACUUUUUGCUGAAGAGGGAAAUGAGUUGUGCAUUAAACCAGCAGAAUUCUAUCUAUAUGACCAAGAAGAACUCUGUUUUUAUGAUAUAAUGGUAAGGGGUCGUCAAAGGAAUGAGAUUGUGAUUGGCUAUCGACUUGCAAACACAGAGAAUGCCAUAAUCAAUCCUGAAAACAAAAUAAAUCCAAGAAAAUGGUCACUUGACGAUGUCUUUGUCAUCAUUUCCUCUGAAAAAUGAUGAUAAAGAAGAUCGAAUUGUGUGGAAUCCACAGAUUUAACACCAGGAACCUCUAAAUUGACGGAUAGGAACUAAAUAUGUCAGCUGAUUGUUAGAAGAUGAAUCUUUUGUUGUUGUAUUGACAAGUAGAGUUGGGCAAUAGAAGAAGCACACUUUUAACUUGACCCAGACAGGUAUAUUGUUUCAUUAUUGUUGAACAUGAAUGUAAGAUUAUGAUCCUAUUGAAAUAAUUGCCUUCUUUACAAAUUUCAUCAAUUAAUUGCAGUGUUU